CUCACAAAUCGCAAUGAUAAAGCAAGGGGUAUAGGGGCGUAUUUCAUCUUUCGUAUUUCAUCUUUCGGGUUUCUCAAUGUCGGAAUUGAACCAUUUAUGGAAAAAACUAUCCUGUUCCCAAAGUUCCUCUCUUCUAAAAGUACAUCUCAAUACGGAAAAAUUAGAAAAUCUGAAAUCCAAAAGGACUAAAUUUGGAGGAACAAUAAACGAUUGUAUCCGAGUAGGUUGCAAAUAUCCCAAUAUUUCUAUUGGAAUCUAUGCGUGUGACCAACAUGCCUACACAACAUUUGCCGAAAUUUUCGAUCCGAUUAUCAAAGCAUACCAUAAUAUGACUGCUUUUACCCACCCAUCAGCAGAUUAUGGAGAUCCGAAUCUCCUUAAUUUAUUCGCUUUAGAAUCUACAAAAGAUAAAGUAAUUUCUUCUAAUAUUAAUGUCAGUCGAAAUUUCGAUGGCUACCGUUACCAUCCAAUUCUUACCAAAGGCGAUCGUUUAGACAUUGAGAAAUUAGCCGUGGAAGCUUUAACUAACCUAGAAGGAGAUCUUAUGGGGCGCUAUUUUUCGUAUGUUGGUAUUUCACCGGAAGAUCGCAAAAAUCUAAUCAAUGAGAACAUAUAUUUCGACAAUUCCAAUAGACUAAAAAAGGCAGCGGGUUGUUACGAUGAUUGGCCAGCCGGUAGAGGUGUUUACUAUAACUUGGAUAAAAAUUUGGUAUGUUGGGUAAACGAAGAAGAUCAUCUACGUAUAUUCUGCUCCGAGAAAGGACCUCGGUUGGCUGAUGCUUACAAGAAGUUGGUUCGGAUGCUGCAGUCCCUUGAGAAAAAAGUUAUGUUUGCUCAAGGUACUUCCGGUUAUUUAAACUUUUGCUGUAGUAAUUUAGGAAUUGCUAUGACCAUAAGCUUAAUUGUUAAACUUCCACGUCCAGAUUUAAAACCGGAUUCUUUAGAAAUCUGUAAAAAAUAUUGCCUCGAAUGCAAACCCAUUCAAAAUAUGUCUUCGUAUUGGAUUUGUGAGAUAGUAAAUAAGCGGGUGAUUGGAACAACGGAAUACGAAACAGUUAAUUCUGUUGCAAUGGGAACGGUGCGAAUAUUAAAUAUUGAAGACGACAAUAAAUAAAUUAAAACAAAACUGAGAUAUGAACGCGGAGAAAAAUGAUAAACUUACGGCAGAUUUUUCUUUUAAUUAAAAAAAAAUCGACGUGAUUGGAACGUUCUUCGAAAUUUAGAACAUUGCCAAAUUACGUAAUAUUUGUAUUAUCUUAAUAUAUAAAACUGAAGUUGUGUGUCUGUGUGAAGCCUUUUAAAAAGUUUAUAGAAAUCCACAUUUUCCACUUUUUCGUAAAAAUAUUUACAUCAAUGGAAUUUUCUCGAUGUGAACUUUCCAGUGCAGUAAUUAGAUUUUUUAAAUUCCGUUUACUUUGUGUGAUUUAAGGGAGAUUUGGCUGUU